AUGUUUCAUAAUUGUAACAAUCUGAAAAUUUUACUGAUCACUGCUCAUCCUGAUGAUGAAAGCAUGUUUUUCGCUCCAACGGUUUUAAAUUUGAGCCCCAAUCACAUUUUUUAUGUGUUGUGCUUGUCCACUGGAAAUUAUUACAAAAUUGGAUAUAAACGUGAAGAAGAAUUUAAGAAAAGUUGCAAUAUACUAGGUGUCGAUGAAAACAGAGCAUUUAUAAUUAAUAACGAAAAUUUAAAAGAUAAUCCAGAAUUGGUUUGGAAUUCUACGAUCGUUUCUGAUGUGGUAAAAGGUUAUACAAUCAAAUAUCAAAUUAAUGUUUUGAUAACGUUCGAUGACUAUGGAGUUAGCGGGCAUUUAAAUCACAUUGCUAUACACCUUGGAGUCAGGAGAUUGAUGAGAGUUUACAAGAUUCCAGGAUUGUCUUUAUUUGAGUUGAAAAGUGUCACUGUGUUUAGGAAAUACCUGUCAUUCGUUGACGUUUUAUGUACAAUGACUUGUGCCGAGUUAGCUUUCUUCUGUUCCUUCAAGCAAUUUAAAAAGGCAUUGGGUGCAAUGCUAGCUCAUUCAUCUCAAAUGACUUGGUACCGAUUUUUAUAUAUAAUGUUUUCCAGAUAUAUGCUAGUGAAUGAACUAGUGCCAAUUUCGUUUUAAAUCUUAAUGCUAAUGAAUAAAUUAAUUUGUUGUUUAUUAAAAUAAAUUAUUAAUAAAAA